CUGGCUCACUCUUUGAAGUUUGAAGCAAUUUUUUUAUUUCAAAUUCCGACUCUCGUCAUCGGGAUGAUCGAUGAAACGGAGGAGGAAGAUGACGAGUCGCAUCGAUCAUCCCGAAACGAUGGCGUUUCUAAGAAGAAGAAGGGUGUGGGUUUUAAGGGAGAUAAAGCAAAGAGAGCUCUAAUCGGAGCAGGAGGUCGGAUCCUGUUUUACCCGACUCUUUUGUACAACCUCCUCCGCUUCAAACUUCAGUCUCAGUUCCGAUGGUGGGAUCAAAUCGAUGAGUAUCUUCUGAUGGGAGCAGUUCCAUUUCGUAAGGAUGUUCCGAGACUAAAACAGUUAGGCGUUGGUGGUGUAAUCACUCUUAAUGAACCUUAUGAGACUUUGGUACCAUCCUCUUUGUACAAUGCUCAUGGAAUGGAGCAUCUAGUUAUACCAACACGAGAUUACCUUUUUGCUCCUUCGAUUGCAGACAUAACCCAAGCUGUAAACUUCAUUCACAAGAACGCUUUGCUUGGUAAGUCCACUUAUGUCCAUUGCAAGGCUGGUCGCGGAAGAAGUACUACCGUUGUUCUUUGCUAUCUGAUUGAGCAUAAGAGUAUGACUGUAGCUGCAGCUUUUGAACAUGUGCGCUCGAUAAGACCACGGGUUUUACUGCAUCCUUCACAGAGGAGGGUUGUUGAGGAAUUUAACAACAGACUACAAUCUUCUUUGAGCGACUCAGCGUUCAUCGCAACUUCUGAUGGCAGAGAUCAUAGCUCAGCAUUCCCGGCAUCGAUCAGAAGCUAGGCCAGGAAAUGCUCUUCUCUGCUUCAUUUUGGUUCGGUUAAUAUCUCCGGUUUUGACUAUCUGACUCGGUUUGGUUCCUGCGAAGGCCGCUCUACUGGUUAAUUAUAUACAGUAUUCAUUGUCUCAAUUAUCUCCAAAAGAAAACAAUCACUUACAAGAUUGAGGCCCUUGUGACAUGAUUUUCUUAAGUAACAAACUAAUGUAAAUGACUAGUUGAUUAACAAUUGUUCAUAGCAUAAUUGUAAUUAUACGAUAUGCGUUAAUUUCCAUCAUUUUAAUAAUU